AUGCUGGUUGACCUCACGAUAGACUCUGAUCCAGAGGAGCAACCCCGGUUAGUUUCGCGUCUUCCUUUUAUCUCUGAAUACCACAAUAACCAAGAACUUAUCGGUUUAUCGUGCUCCCUGGACGAUGGGUCAAUUCCUAACCCUCUUAUCAAAAGUCUUGGGCGGCAGACACUUGCACACCGCACUCUUUCUCCCUCUCCUCACACCAAGAACUCUACAAUUCCUUUCAAGAGAAAGUCAGAUGCAGACUCCGCCGAGUCCGGCUCAGAGUCUUCAUACGCAAGUGCAGUUGCGUACCCUCAAAAAGCAAAGACCAGAACCACCAAUGUUUCCUCUCGAAACCCAGUUGGCCAUGAUAGCCUGUCCGGGCCCUUUAAGAGAGUUGGUGCCGGCCCUGGUACUGGUGCUGCGCGUCAGGCACGCCAAAUCCCAGCAUCAGCUCCAUCUCUAGCUUCAAGUUCAGGCACAGACUCAGCCGCAGGCCAUUAUGCCCCAAGCCCAGCGCCGGAGACCCUGAGAGUAGUCAUUCCAUCUCCAUCAGUACAGCUAAAGAAAGAGAUUGAUUCUGCCGAGCGGCUCCCGGAUGCAGAAGUCAAGACUCCCGAGAUUACGGGUAUGUCGGAGAAAUACUACCCAACAGAUGCUCUUGAAAGGCGCGCAAUGAGGGGUGCAUAUCCAGCUGCUAGGAAAACCAAUCGCGCUGGUGUCCCUUUAGUCAUUGGCACACCAGGCCCCUUUUUAACUGAGAAGAAUAGACGCCCCGUGAUAGACUUGCUCUGCAAGAAUCUCCAGAAGAAACUAGCCUCCAUCAAAGGUCCAGCAGUGACUGUGGCCAAAGCGGACGAGAAGCGUCUCGCCAAAGCUACCACAGGCUUCGAGUUCAUCAACGAGUACAAGCUCCGAGAGGGCGUAGCACCUAUCAGCAAGGAAUUCCAAUCCGGCUGUAGCUGCGAGACUAUCUGCCUACCAGAUAGAUGCCAGUGUCUUGCACAAGAAGAGGACUCGGAAGAACGUAUCAUUGCAUACAAGCGUGCCCGAGACAAUCCGCGCUUCAUGGUCCUUCGGCCUGAGUUCAUGAAGCGCACAUCCAUGAUCUUCGAAUGCAAUUCUCUGUGCGGGUGUGAGGAGAAAUGCUGGAAUCGCGUCGUCCAGUUGGGACGCACUAUCCGCCUGGAGAUUUUCCACACUGGAGCGCGUGGCUUUGGCCUCCGUUCGCUUGAUACCAUCCGCGCUGGCCAAUUCAUAGAUCUAUAUCUUGGUGAAGUAAUCACAACCUCCAAGGCCGACCAGCGCGAAAAAAUCGCCAACACGCGUAACGCCCCUUCCUAUCUCUUUAGUCUCGACUUCCUUGUUGAUGACGAAAGCAGUUACGUUGUUGACGGGGCGAACUAUGGUGCCGCCACCCGCUUCAUCAACCACUCCUGCAACCCCAACUGCCGUAUGUUUCCCGUCUCCCGUACCCACGGCGAUGACUACCUUUAUGAUUUGGCGUUCUUCGCAUUAAGAGAAAUCAAACCCGGCACAGAAUUGACCUUCGACUAUAACCCCGGAAUGGAGAGGGUUGAUAAGCUGGAUCCGAAUGCGGUGCCUUGUCUUUGCGGCGAGCCAAAUUGUCGCGGGCAGCUGUGGGCUACUGAGAGGAAGAAAGCAAGGUAG